AUGAAUGAUAAAGUUCACAAUAGUUUCAUAAGCAAAAAGGUUUCAGAAGAAAAAUUACUCAAAGACGCUUGUACAACUACGGACCUGGAUACACCAACGAACGAUGGCGAAGCCUCGACGCGGUCGACUGAAGAUGACAUCAAUAUACAAUGUACCUCCAAGAAAAUUUUCUCUGAUAUCGACAACGAACCUGUUUUCGUCAUCGUGGAUUCAAAAAGUCUUAGUAAUCCUAGCUCAAAAGAAUUACUCGUUGAAACGAAAAGGCAUGAUAAAGAUGCCAUUUUAAAAGACAAGUUUCAAAAGCACAUAAAACAAGGCGUUAUACCUUUUGAUACCCCCUCAACAAGUAAAGAUUUUAGGUUCUUUGUAAAGGAAAUUAAUUGUUCGGAGUCAAAAGAUGAGUUACAAAUGGCAGAUAUUAAUCUUCAGAGUGAAAACGAAAUCUUACUUGAAGAUAACGAUGUGGAUAAUGAAUCUAUCGUCAUUUCAUAUUUGCGAAAUAGAGACACGGUAACAGAUAAAGAAGAAAUUGUACAAUCCAAUAGAAAGAGAUCUUCACUGCUGCGAAGUGUUCCAAAAAUGGAAACGAUAUUAGAAGGAGAACAAUUUUGUGCCUUUCCUAUUUCUAAAAAGAUAUCGCAGACUUCCCUGGAUGUCCAUAUACCAUCAUAUCCUGGAUCUCCAAGAUCUCUACACGGCCUAGAAGGCUCUGAAGCAUCUAUUUUAUCCGAUGAGGAAAGUGAAGACUGGAAAAGGGCCAUAGAAUUUAUACAUCGGGACCAUGAGUUGCUGGUUGCCGCUGAAACUGGUAACGACCAGCUUAUUGAAGUACUAAUCGCAAAAGGAACUAAUAUUCAACAAAGAGAUCAUCUUGGUCGCAAUGCCCUCCAUUUGGCCGUCUGCGCGGAAAGCAUGAGGGCCAUCGUUCUCUUGUUGAGGGCUGGCAUCAAUCCCACGGUCAAGGAUAACCUGGGCAUGACACCUUUGUCUUUGUGCCUGAUGAGAAGACCAUCAAUAAAAGUGGCAAACUUGUUAUUUGCUCAUGGUGCUGUAAUUUUACCACGUGCUACCCCCAAUGACACAGGCUUAUUUCUGCAAUUCGUAAUGAUGUGUAGACCGUCGACUGAAGAGCGGAAAAUAUUACGGCUACUUGUUGAGAAGGGCGCUAAAGUCAACGAUCCAGAAGCACCGGGUGGACGGCAAGCACUCCACUUCGCUGCUAUGAGCAACAACUGCGAUUUGAUAAGGCUACUCGUGGACUUUGGAGCGGACUUAACUUUGACCAACCACAGGAAUGAAACCCCAACCCAAGUAGCUAAAACUUUUAAAUGCAGGGAUGCAUAUAGACUUCUAACUAGCAUUGAAGAUACCCUGACUGAAAAUAAAGAUUUGUAUAACCGAUUGUGUGAUACUGAAACUGAUACGACAGUCUCUACAAGCCUGGAGUCGAGAAGUAGUGAUCGUUUAACUUUAACAAAGAAAAAUAAGUAG